AGAAGAGAAACAAUCGAUGAUAAUUAAUCAAUCAAAAAUCUUCUCACAUCGAUCAUUUUUUUCUUACUAAACUUUCCCUUUAAUUGAUCAUAUGUUUCAAAAUCUUUUUGAUUGUUGUUUUGUUUUCGAUUGACAGUUAAUAGUAAUUAAAGAUGGUUAAGUGUUGGUAUUUUAACGACGAUGGAACUGAUCAACGAUUAGCCCAUCAACAUGAUCCAGUACAAUUAGUUGAUUUGGAGAAAUUAACUGAAAAAACUGGUGUCUUGUAUUGGAAGAUUGACGCUGAUAAUUAUGAGAACGAAGGUAAAUUAUCCGAAAUUCGGAAAGAAAGAGGUUAUACUUACAUGGAUUGUAUUGAAUGUUGUCCAGAGAAAUUGGAAAACUAUGAAGAUAAAUUGAGAAGCUUUUUCCUUGAACAUAUUCAUGCCGAUGAAGAGAUCAGAUUCGUUCUCGACGGAAGUGGUUACUUUGAUUGUCGAGACAUCGAUGACCAAUGGAUACGAAUUCAAGUGACCAAAGGUGAUCUUAUCACUUUACCUGCGGGUAUUUACCAUCGGUUCACUUUGGACGAAAAGAAUUAUAUUAAGGCGAUGCGUCUUUUCGUUGGUGAGCCCGUUUGGACUCCGAUCAAUCGACCCGCUGAUGAUCAUCCAGCUCGAAAAACUUACAUUCAAUUGGCAAACGAUAAUUUCCAACAAACAAUCAGUCAAUCAGCUUGAGAUGAUUAACGAACUGUUUUGUUAUUCUUGGCAACAAGAUGCGAAUUUUGAGAAAUUGGUUCAUCGAAAUAAAUUAAAUUCCGAUGAAUUUAAUUACUUUUCAAACUGAAAAUUGUGUUUAGAAAAGAAAUUCAUUGAUUAGUAUCUUUAAUCUAUUUUAAUAUGUUUACUUCAUUUCAAUUAAUAUUCUAAUAAAAACAUUUCGAUCAGUUGAGCGAAAAUUGGAAA